GUCUCCUCAAAGACCCUGGCUCAGACGCCUGGGUGAAGAUUUUAAGUUCCUUGGACUGCAAAUAUUCUUUUGAGCCUCAGGCAAUUCCCUGCAGCAUAACCUGGAGGAGAAACAUGCCAAACACUCUGUCCUCACCAGAUGGCCCCAUGGUGAAGACUGAAGAGGAGAAGGAGGUGUUGGUGUUGGUAGAACCAGAAGAUUUUCUUAAGCGCCUCUUUUCCCUAACCCAGAGUUUUGUCAAUGGCCCAUCAGCGAGUCAGCCUGACCUGAACCAAGUGUUGCCUUUGGCCGGUCUGGCGGGCUCCUCCACCAAAACCUACAGCUUGGCCGUCGUUGGGCUGGAUGCCUACAGGUGUAACCAGGAGCAGGGCAGGCAGCAGGCGCUGAGCCCCGGAAAGCAGCGUCCCAGCUCCCAGCCUGGCCCGGAGCUGUCUAUGACUCAGGAGGAGAUACUGGAGGCGCUGGUGUUGCUGCAGCUGUGGGGUAACAUGGAAGUGCUGUUCCUAGACACGUGGCAGGAAUUCGGCCAGCAUGUUUCUGCGCUGACAAAGGCAAUAGCAAAACGCCCGUACAAGAGGCAGCUGGAGUCGCAGGAGUUGCCUUUCUGUGCUGCCGGGGCCUGGGCCAGCGGGGUGCGAGUGGAGAAGGACGGCACAGGACUCUGGCAGGUGUGGAAGAGACAAAUCCAGCAGUUUAACAGAGUCAGCCCUGCAACAGCAGCAGCUAUAGCAGAAGCAUAUCCCUCCCCAAGCCUCCUGUUACAGGCCUACCAAGAAUGCAGCACAGGAGAUGAAAAACGACUCCUGCUGAGUGACAUCCCAGUGAAAUCGGACAUCAGCGGGAAAGACCGUCGUGUUGGGCCAGACCUAUCCCGCCGCAUCUACCUUUUCAUGGUAUCCACCGACCCCGACCUUGUCCUGGACCUGGGCACGUAA